AUGAUUUGUUCCAGUAAUGAUCCUUUACGUCAAGCGAGUUGUGUUUUGGUCAUUUAUAUCGAACCUUUACUUUGCAUUACUGGAAUAGUGCUAAAUGCUACUUGCAUCACAAUAUUCAUUUUUGUAUCAUCACACGGAUAUUUCCGAAAGACUUCUUUAUUGAUGUACUUAAUUGCUAUGUGCAUGUGUAAUACUCUUCAGUUGUUUCUGUCGGUCUUUGUAUUAAUCCUACCAGCAGCUGAACAGUAUAUUCUGGUCGAACACAGCACUAAGAGCAAUUUUUUGAAAACAUUUAACGCUUUUUCUGUUCGAAUCACAUAUCCAUUAUUACUUGCGGCCAAUUAUGCUUCAAUAUGGAUCUUAACUCUAAUCUGCGCACAGAGAUUUCAUUCAGUUUGCGAGCCUUGGAGUAUAUGGAAACACAGACUACAGGUUAUCAGAAACAGCCGAAUACCUAUAAUCGUCACUAUUUGCUUAGCAUUAGGUUUGGAAAUUAUUCUUAUACAAAAUGGUCUAAACCUAAUUCGCUUCUGGGAAUUGGAAUGGAACGAUAUGAUAAGCCUUCGUGAAACAGCUUUAAAAAAGCAUAUAAUAUAUCAAAUAUUGCAAGAAGGCCUCACUUAUGGAUUAGUUGUCUAUGGAUGCCCAAUGAUCUUAUUAAUAUGGCUCAACGUUAAUACUAUCAUGUUGAUCUUCAAGGAUGAAGCCCGACGGCAAAGGCCAGGUGCAGAAAAUCGAACAGCUCUCAUGAGUGUAUUUGUAUUUAUUUUCUUUUUUCUUUGUACAACUUUGGCUGUUUCAAUACGUUUUAUUAUGAUCAUUGAAAGGUCAAGGUUCACAACAUCAGAAUUCACAUGGUUAGUGGAUCUGAGUAAUUUAUUAAUGAAUAUGAAUGCAGUUGUGAUGCCAAUUCUUUGUUUUAUCUUUACGCGAGGUUUUAAAGAUAUUUUUUUUGUUAUAAGAUUUGCACCUCAAGAUAAACUGAAUAAAUACCAGCAGUAUUCGAGAAUCCAGCACAUUUGA